CACACACAGGACAGCUCAGCCAUUUGCUCCACCCAAAGAGGAUAUGCAUGUGGAGCCUGUAGAGUGGCUGAAACUAUCCAACCUGAAUCGCAACUUUUUCCCUGUCCGGGGGUAAAGUCCUGUGCGUGUGUAUGAAAUCACAUGGCAUUUAAAGAAUGCUUCAAAGAUGGCGGUUUGUAGUAACAGAGUGCAGAAAAGUGCAUGUUUGGAGGUGCUAGUACGGGAGCGAUGGCACGCGGUCCUGGCGAGUUUAAGCGACGAGUCGCUGACGCUCAGCUGCGAGGAGACCGCGACAGACACCGGCGUUAACCUGAACGGCAUCACCACCAACGGCUCCUACGACCAACCGGACCCCACGAACAGCCCCAAAGCCGGAGUAAGGACUCCUUUUACGGAUUCCCAAGUGCCCGAAGCGAUUGCGAACCGCAAAAGAUGCGUCAAGGUUAUCAAGCAGGAGGUCGGUGGAUUAGGGAUAAGCAUCAAAGGCGGGAAGGAGAACAAGAUGCCUAUUCUUAUCAGUAAAAUAUUCAGAGGUCUGGCUGCGGAUCAGACUCAAGCGCUCUAUGUAGGGGACGCGAUACUGUCCGUGAACGCGAUCAAUCUGCGGGACGCCACGCACGACGAGGCGGUGCAGGUGCUGAAGAAAGCGGGCAGAGAAGUUAUGCUGGAAGUCAAGUACAUGCGGGAAGCCACGCCAUAUGUGAAAAAAGGGUCACCGGUGUCUGAGAUUGGUUGGGAGACGCCGCCUCCUGAGUCCCCUCGUCUCGGCAGUCCUCACUUCGAUAUCCCCAGCCCCCCCUCGCUGUCCUUACAGGGCGACCGCAGAUACAUCCCCCUCAAAAUGUGCUACAUCACCCACAGUAUGACCGUCCCUGACCCAGAAAAAAGGCAGAUUGAGCUGCACUCCUCUGAUGCCAAGCACACAAUAGUCAUGAGACAUAAAGACACAGCCUCUGCCCAGACCUGGUUCACUCUCAUGCAAACUGCCAUCACAAACCUCACCAGCAAAGUCAUCUGUGAACUCCGAGAACACGUGGGCCGCCAUGGCAUCGCCGGGAGUCCAGAGAUCCGACACCUCGGAUGGCUAGCGGAAAAGACAGAAAGCGAAAGACAGUGCUGGAAGCCGGUACUCGUGAUGUUGACGGAGAAGGACCUGCUGCUGUUUGACAGUAUGCCGCGCAUGAGAGAACACUGGCUCAGCCCGACACACACCUACCCUCUGCUCGCCACACGGCUGGUGCAUUCUGGUCCAGAUAAGGGUUCACCACAGCCUGGUGGCGAGCUGUGCUUUGCUACACGGACGGGAACCAGAUUGGGUAUCGAAGCCCACCUUUUCAGGGCAGAGACCUGCAAGUACCUGUCACUCUGGACCAGACACAUAGUCACUGGCUGCCACGCAGCUGCUGAGAUGAUCAAAGAAGUCACUACCAGUUGCAUGUAUCGGGGUCAGGACUGUCGGUUGGUCAUUCACUAUGAGCGAGGUUUCUCUGUUAUAGCUGAUGGAGAGGACAGCUCUGUGGCACAGCCUCUCUUCAGUUACCCGUUUGAAAAGCUGAAGAUGUCUGCUGAUGAUGGAGUACGGAUCCUCGAUUUGGAUUUCGGCGGGAACGAGGGUGAAAUUCAACUUGACUUGCACUCCUGUCCCAAGCCCAUUGUUUUUAUCCUCCACUCCUUCCUAUCUGCCAAGAUUGCAAGAUUAGGAUUGGUAGCCUGAGAUUGAACUGUUAUAGACUGAAACAGUGACAUGAUUAUUCCAAAAUGCAGAAGGGAAAACCGGAACACAGUGGAACUCGCUAGACUGACCGAGGGCGAUGACGCAGAACUGACGCUGUAGCAAACCGGACCACUGAAUGAUUUUAAAUUACAUUUCAGUAAUGAUAAACUAUGUAUUUUUCAGAGAAAUAUUAAUUAUAGUGAAACAAUUUCACAUUGAUUUCCUAAGAACAAAAAUCUAUGUAAUGAACACUAAUUUGUGAUUGGAACUAAAAAAUACU